AUGACUACAGAAACAACAACAACAACAACAACAAAUCAUCUCGAUGUUGUUGAAUUAAAUGUUGGUGGUGUAACAUAUGCAACGACAUUAGGAACAUUACAGCAAGCUGAACCUGAUUCACCACUUGCCAUUGUAUCAACAUUAAAAGUAGCUGAAAUUAGGACAAUAUUUGGGCGUGAUAGCAAAAAUCGUAUAUUUAUCGAUAGAGAUGGUGUUCUCUUUCGUUAUGUACUUGAUUAUUUGCGUAAUCAAAAAUUGUCUUUACCAGAAAACUUUGCUGAACGUGAUCGUCUUCAAGUAGAAGCAGAAUAUUAUCGUCUUAGUAAUAUGAGCAAAGCAUUAAUACAAAAUCGUUCAAAUGGAAAACAUUUAAAUGAAACUAUGAAUAUUACAACAGGAUUAUCUACUGCAAUUAUUUCACCAACAUCUUCAAUGAUUACUGCCAGUACAGGUCAUCGUUCUAAUACGGGAUAUAUUGUUGUUGGUUAUCGUGGUACUUUUGCUUUUGGUCGAGAUGGUUUAGCUGAUGUUAAAUUUCGAAAAAUAUCUCGUAUACUUGUUUGUGGUCGUGUACAUCUUUGUCGAGAAGUAUUUGGCGAAACAUUAAAUGAAUCUCGAGAUCCUGAUCAUGGUCAAACAGAUCGAUAUACAUCUCGUUUUUUCCUUAAACAUACUUUCCUUGAACAAGCUUUUGAUAUGCUUGGUGAAGCAUCAUUUUUAAUGGUUGGUUGUGCAGCAAGUGGAUGUAGUAGUUCAACUAGCGAAAUGAGUAAACAAACUGAUAGUGAAGAAAAUCGUUGGUUACAUUAUAAUGAAUUUGUCUUUUAUCGCGGUUGA